GAACAUUGUAUCUCGAACGCUCGACCAAAACGGUAUAAGAUAUGCGAACGUACGUCUAAUCGUUCGUCCGAUGCAUCAAUCGGCGACGAGAUCAGUUCGAGGCUGUGAAAUCCCUGCGUGUGAUCUCUGUCGGUAAAAGCUAUAAACGUUACAAUCGAGAUAGAACGAUUUCUUUUUUUUUUUUAAUCGUUGAUGGUUGUUGCGCUAUUCAAACUUGUGUCGCACACCGGACCGUGGAAGAUCGCGAAAGCGUUUCAUCAGUGAUCCAGAUCGUUGGGAUCCUCAUCCACCGGAGCGUAACAUGGCGAACGAGAACGGCUGCGUGCAAACUGUGCUCGGAGGAAAAAAUGCGAACGUGCUUGGUAGGAUUCUCACCCACGAGCACCUGGCCAUGACCUUCGACGCAUUCUACGUUCCACCUCCGCGUCAAUUGAGGCGCUUCCUCGACGAUAAAAUCGAGAUUGAGAACCUUGGUGUAUUGAGACAGUAUCCUUACAGCAGCAGGUACAACAUAAACUUCAAUGAUGCGGCCACGAUGAACGCCGUAAUGGCGGACGUGCAACUUUAUCAUGAGUUUGGCGGUGGCACUAUCGUGGAGAACAGCAAUUACGGUUUGAAGCGCGACAUUUCCUUCAUGAAGAAAGUGAGCGAAGGAACCGGAGUACAUGUUGUUGCUGGGACAGGUUACUAUGUUGCCGCCACCCAAGGCGCGAGCGAUCUCGCUCUGACCAAAGAGGAGAUGUAUAACGUGACGUUGAAAGAGAUGACCACCGGUUGCUUGGACAGUCCCGAUGUGAAAACAGGAUUCAUCGGAGAGGUCGGAAGCACCUGGCCAAUCGAAGACUUCGAGAAACGAGCGAUACAAUCGACCGGAGAAGUCCAGGCGCAAUUAAAGUGCCCUGUGAGUUUCCAUCCUGGACGAGACUCGGAUGCACCUUUCGAAAUAAUGAGACUGUACCAGGAAGCUGGGGGCGACAGUGCGAAAGCCAUUCUAUCUCACUUGGACCGAACGCUGCCCGAAGAUAAGCUUAUGGAGUUCGCCGACGAGACGAAAUGUUACUGUCAAUUCGAUCUGUUUGGAUUGGAGUGUUCUUUCUAUCAGCUGAACCCAACAGUGGACAUGUUAUCUGAUGCGCAACGAAUCGAUCGCGUUAAACUGCUGCGGGACGAUCAGAAACUGAAUCGCGUGCUUUUGAGCCACGACAUUCACACUAAGCACAGAUUGGCGAAGUUCGGCGGCCAUGGAUUUUCCCAUAUUUCGAACAACGUCCUGCCGAAGAUGCUCGUGAAGGGCUUCAGUCCAGACGAAAUCGACACAUUGACUAUUAAAAAUCCUAAAACCUGGUUGUCAUAUUAAAAAACUCGAUUUUCACGAAACAACUUUCACAAUAAUAGAAGCAAAUUGAAUUUCCGUUGCUUCGAUGAAACGUAGAACAGUUAGUAUGUUUGAGCUACUAUCGUGUUAAACCAAAUCACUUCUUCUGGAAUGUUGUUAAGCUUCCUUUGGAUAUACGAAUGUUGGAUUAUGAAUAAGCAUUUAUUAGAUUA